AACCCUUGAACUUUAAAUUGCUGUGGCGAGAGAUUAACACCGCGUGUUAGGAGCUGCACGCAUGAUUAUUUCUUUAAACCAAAUGGAUAAGAAAACCGAAGCAGCAGCAUUGUGAGCAAUGAUUGCAAACAUCACAAUAUUUAUAUAGAUAUAGACCCCAAAGACCCCAAGUGUAAACAGGAAACGAGGACCAUUUGAGGGUUAAUACAGUGCUGUCUAAACCAACUCAGAGAAACCAGCCCAAUGAAAACGUUGCUGAUAUAAUGGCAGAGGAGCAAGGAAAGGACUCUGCCUCUGAGAUAUGUCUCUUAGAGAAACAAAGUUACCAGUCCAAAGGUGAAGUAGGCCUACCAAACUUCAAUGAGGAAACACUAUCAACUACCGAAAGUGAAAGACCAGAUAGAUUCAGCAAUGUGUCUUUGAAGAGUCACCGGUCCAAAGGUGAAGGACCAAACUUUAAAGAGAAAACACCAUCAACUACCAGAAGUGACCUGUCCAAAGGUGAGGGACCAAACUUCAGUGAGGUACCCAAAAGAAAACAAUGGCAGACGGGCACAGUAAAUAUUGGUGCAGAGAUUACACGAUGGAAAAAUCUAAAACAGCAAAAGAACAUGGAUGAUGUACAACUGGCAAAUUAUCUUUUAAACUGGGUUCAGCAUGAGACACCAGACUCCGGCUUAAAGACUUUCAAGUAUUCUAAAGAUUUAUCCAACAUCUUUCAGGAACUUGAGCAAAUAAUAAUCGUCUUUUUUAAAAAUGAGCUGGACAAAUUUAAGAAAAUAAUAAAAAAAGAAAACACAAAAUACUUUGUGAAGGACUUUGAGGAGGCUAGAAGCAAAAUCAAAGAAGCAGCCCUUGAAAUCACACUCUACUUCCUAAGACAAAUGAAGAAAGAUAAAGUAGCUGAUGAUAUACAAGAUGAGCUAAUCUCCAUUCAUCAGCGACCAAUAAAAAGAAACCUGAAGAAGAGGUUUGAGUGUGUAUCUGAAGGAAUUGCAAAGCACGGUGACUCCACAUCCUUAAAUAAAAUCUACACCGAGCUCUAUAUAACUGAGGGUGAACAGGUCAACGCCGGACACGAUAUAGCACAGAUUCAGUCCGAUUCUAAGCGUCCUGAUAUACAAGAGAAAUCUGUUAACUACACAAACGUGUUUAAACAAACUGAAGAAGACAAGUAUAUCAGAACUGUGCUGACAAAAGGAGUUGCCGGGAUUGGAAAAUCUGUCUCUGUGCAGAAAUUUGUUCUGGACUGGGCUGAAGAAAAGGUCAAUAAGGACAUCACCUUCAUAUUUCCACUUCCUUUCAGAGAGAUAAACUUCCAGGAGAAAGAUAAACUGAGUCUGAUGGACCUUGUUAUUCAGUAUUUCCCAGAAACAAAAGGAAUGAACCUUACGAGGAAUGAUAAAUUUAAAAUCCUUUUCAUUUUUGAUGGAUUGGAUGAAUGCAGACUUCCUCUAAAAUUUGAGGAUAAUGAGAUUUGCCGUGAUGUUACAAUGAAAGUCCCUUUGGACGUUCUCCUAACAAAUCUCUUUAAGGGAAAUCUGUUUCCUUCUGCUCUCAUUUGGAUAACCAGCAGACCAGCAGCAGCCAGUAAGAUACCUCCUGAAUGUAUUGACCGGGUGACAGAGGUACGAGGGUUCAAUGAUGAACAAAAGCAGGAGUACUUCAGAAAAAAAAUCCCGGAUACGACUCUGGCUGAAAAAAUCAUUAAGCAUGUUAAGGAAUCAAAAAGCCUCUUUAUCAUGUGUCACAUCCCAGUCUUCUGCUGGAUUUCAGCCACUGUGCUCCAGAACAUUUUGGAAAAGAAAUCCAAUCAGCCUGAUGACACCCUUGAAUCACCAGGGGGAUUAGAUUCUGAUGAUACACCUCAAACUCUGACCCAGAUGUACACACAUUUUUUCCGAUUUCAGAUCCUGCAGAGCAGUCGAAAGUAUGACGGAAAUUAUGGACCAGAUAUUUCCUGGGAAAAAGGGGAUAUCUCUUUACUGGGAAACCUAGCAUUUCAGCAACUUAAAAGAAACAACCUGAUCUUCUAUUACUCAGACCUGGAAGAAAGCGGUAUUAAUGUCUCUAAUGCAACAGCAUACUCAGGGAUGUUUACCCAAAUAUUUAAGGAGGAAACGGGGAUGAGACUUGAAACCACAUUCUCCUUUGUUCACAUGAGUUUUCAAGAGUUUGUUGCAGCUCUUUAUGCACAUCUGUUUCUAGAUAGCAAGAAGACAAAUGUAUUUGCUGAGAAGCACACGGAGCAGGAGGGCACAAAUGAAACGAUGUUUGGUUUGCUUAAGACUGCAGUGAACAAGGCACUUGAGAGUGACACUGGUCAUCUAGACCUUUUUCUUCGCUUCCUACUUGGCCUGUCACUAAAGUCCAAUCGGCCACUCCUACGAGGUCUGUUGACGCAGCAGGACCAAAAUGGUGAGCAGACCAAAACGGAAAUAGUGAAGUACAUCAAACAGAAAUUAAAUGAAAAUCUGUCUCCAGAAAGGUCCAUCAAUCUGUUCUACUGUCUGCAUGAACUGAAUGACCAAACUCUGGUGAAGGAAAUUCAAGACCAACUAAACAGUGGAAGUCUCUCAUCUGUUGACCUCUCGCCUGCUCAGUGGUCAGCUUUGGCUUUUGUGUUGGUGACAUCAGACGUGGAGCUGGAAGACUUUGAGCUUCAGAAAUUCAAGAAAUCAGAUGAGUGUCUUCGUAGACUAGAGAUGGUCGUUAAAAACUCCAAAAGAGCUCUGCUAAAUGAUUGUAACCUCACAGAGAAUAGCUGUUUUUGUCUGGCUAAAGUUUUUAAAUCAGAUAACAGUCUAAAGGAGCUCAACAUGAACAAUAAUAGUCUGCAUGAUUCAGGAGUAAAGGAGCUCUGCACUGGACUGGAGAAUGUAAAGUGUAAACUAGACAUACUGAGGCUCGAUAAAUGUGAUCUAACAGAAGAAAGUUGUUCAGCUCUUGCUUCAGUUCUUGGUUCAGACUCAACCAGUCUGAAGGAGCUUGACCUGAGCAAUAAUAAACUACAGGAUUCAGGAGUGAAGCUGCUGUCUGAUGGACUACAAAAAAACUCUACACUGGAGAUACUCAGACUUUCAAACUGCAGUAUUACAGAAGAAGGUUAUAAAAGUUUGGCUUCAGCUCUGAAGUUAAACCCCUCACACCUGACAGAGCUGGAUCUCACAGGAAAUGAUCCUGGAGAAUCAGGAGUGAAGAUGCUUACUGAUGUACAACAGCAUCAAGACUGUACACUCAAAACACUGAGAUUCUUAAAAAAUCCUGCAGAGACAGCCCUAAAGUAUCUGAAUGACGUUCUUGGUGAAAACCUUUUAUUUAAGAGAGAGCUGGAUUUGAGUAAACAUGAACUACGAGAAUCAGGAUUGAAGGAUCUUGCUGCUGUACUGGAGGAUAAGCACUGCAAAAUAAAGACACUGAUCCUCAAUGACAAACCCUACAUCAGAGAAGAAGAUUGUGCUGCUCUGGCUUCAGCCUUUAUAUCAAACCCUUCAAACCUGAUCGAGCUGGAUCUAAGCAGGAGCAAACUUAAAGAUUCAGGAAUAAAGUGUUUCUCCACUCUGUUUGAGAAUUUACAGUGUAAACUGAAAAAACUAAAGUUUAAUUGUGUUGAUAUUACGAAAGAAGGUUGUACUCUUCUGGCUUCAGCAUUAAAUGCAAAUCCUUCACAUCUUCGAGAGCUGGAUCUGACUGGAAAUAAAAUAGAAGAUUGCGGAGUCACAGAAAUCUCAACUCUACUGAAAAAUUCUGAAUGCAGACUGGAGAAACUGAGACUUUCAAACUGCAGCAUUACAGAAGAAGGUUAUAAAUCUUUAGCUUUAGCUCUGGAGUCAAACCCCUCACACCUGACAGAGCUGGAUCUCAGAGGAAAUGAUCCUGGAGAAUCAGGAGUAAAGAUGCUCAUUGAUGUAAAAAAGAAAUCAAACUAUACACUGAAAAAACUGAGGCUUUUAAAAAGUUCUGAAGCUGAGAAAGGCUGUCAGUAUGUGAUGAAUGUUGUCCAUGAAAACCCUUUACUCAUGACAGAGCUGAAACUGACUCGCAUUAAACUGACAGACACCAAAGUGAAGCACCUGGCUGCUCUUUUAGAGGAUAAGCACUGUAAACUAAAGACAAUACAGUUUGAUUACAACGGUAUUUCAGAAAGCGGCUGUGCUGAUCUGUUGUCAGCUUUUAAUACUAAUCCUUCAAACUUGAAAGAGUUGGAUCUGAGUGGAAAUCAAUUCGGAAACGCAGGCAUCGAGAAGAUCUCCACUUUGCUGAAAAAUUCACUAUGCAGGCUGGAAAAACUGAAGUUUUCAAACUGUGGUAUUACCGAAAAUGGUUACAAAACCUUGGCAUUGGCUCUGAAAUCGAAUCCCUCACACCUGACAGAGCUGAAUCUAACAGAAAAUGAUCCUGGAGAUUCAGGAGUGAAGAUGCUCAUUGAUGCACAAAAGACUAACCAAGGCUGUAAAUUGCAGACCAUCAGGUUUCUAAAAAGUCCUGCUGCAGAAGAGGCGUGUAAAUAUCUGACUGAAGUUUUGGAUCAAAACCCCUUAUUGCUAACAGAACUGGAUUUGAGCGACAACAAAUUAGGAGACCUGGAUGGAAACAAUCUUUCCGCUCUUUUAAUGGACUCGCAUAGCAGACUGGUGAAAAUUAGGCUGAAUAAUUGUGACCUCACAGAGAAAAACUGUUCAGCUUUAGCCGCUGUUUUGUCUUCCAACACCAUUCUGAAAGAGAUUGACUUGAAUGACAGCUGUCUGCCGGAUUCAGGAGUAAAACAGCUCUGUGAGGAACUGAAAAUGUCAAAGCUGAAAAUUCUUAAACUAAGUAAGUGUGGUCUGGAAGAGGAAGAUUGUUCAGCUCUUGCUUCAGUUCUUGGUUCAGACUCAACCAGUCUGAAGGAGCUUGACCUGAGCAAUAAUGAACUACAGGAUUCAGGAGUGAAGCUGCUGUCUGAUGGACUACAAAAUAACUCCACAUUGAAGAUACUCAGACUUUCAAACUGCAGCAUUACAGAAGAAGGUUAUAAAUCUUUAGCUUUAGCUCUGAGUCAAACCCCUCACACCUGACAGAGCUGCAUCUCACAGGAAAUGAUCCUGGAGAAUCAGGAGUAAAGAUGCUUACCAAUGUACAAAAGAAAUCAAACUGUACACUGAAAACACUGAGGUUUUUGAAAAGUGAUGAUGCUGAGAAAGGCUGUCAGUACGUGAAGAACAUUAUCCAUGAAGACCCUUUACUCCUGACGGAGCUGACACUGAUAAAAAAAUACCUAACAGAUGCAGAAGUGAAGCAAGUGGCUGCUCUUUU